GGGAAGGAGAGAAGGAACGCCCUCUUUUCCCAAGCUAGCUUUCUAGUCUAGGGCUUCAAAUACUAGAUUAAUGGUGAAGGUAAGUGGUUAUCUUCUUUUAAAUAGGAUGCUAAUUACUAAACUAUCAGAGAUGCAUUCACUAAUUUUACGAGCACUCAAAAACAUACCAACUGCAGCCUGAGGAUCGCCGUUUGGAAAUGGUGUCUGGUUCCAAAGUGAAGAAGAGGCUUUCUUACAAAGUAACCAUCCAAUCAAGACCCUAAGGCUUGAGAGGCCCCUGGUGCUGAGGGCCACGGUGGUCAGUGGUCACUCGCCAGAGGAACGUGUCAAAGCCUGUCGUGGUGACCGUGAUUCGGGGCAGAGGGGAACUCCACUGCAGAGUGCACACCAUUCCCCAGAGAAGCAAAAUGGAUGAGAAGCCUACCACCAGGAAAGGUGCAGGUCUCUGCUCACUACGCUAUGGGCUGGCUCUCAUUAUGCACUUCUCCAACUUCACCAUGAUAACGCAACGUGUGAGUCUGAGCAUUGCCAUCAUCGCCAUGGUGAACAGCACACAGCAUCAGGAGCCAGCUAGCAUGUCCUCUGAGGGGCCUUUGACAGACCCCCUCGGUAACUGGAGCAGAAACAUCAAGGACUUUAGUACUCGGGCCGCUGUUUAUCAGUGGAGCACAGAGACGCAGGGCAUCAUCUUUAGCUCCAUCAGUUAUGGAAUCAUACUGACUCUGAUUCCAAGUGGCUAUUUAGCGGGAAUAUUUGGAGCAAAGCAGAUUCUUGGUGCUGGUUUGCUCAUCUCAUCCCUGCUCACGCUGGUAACUCCACUGGCUGCUGACUUUGGGGUGAUUUUGGUCAUCGCCAUUCGCACAGUCCAGGGGAUGGCCCAGGGAAUGGCGUGGACCGGUCAGUUCACAAUUUGGGCAAAGUGGGCCCCUCCGCUCGAACGGAGCAAGCUCACCAGCAUUGCUGGCUCAGGGGCAGCAUUUGGGUCCUUCAUCAUCCUCUGUGUGGGGGGAUUAAUCUCACAGUCAUUGGGCUGGCCUUUCAUCUUCUAUAUCUUUGGUAGCAUUGGCUGUGUCUGUUGUGUCCUGUGGUUCACAGUGAUUUACGAUGACCCCAUGCAUCACCCGUGCAUAAGUGUGAGGGAAAAGGAACAUAUCACAUCCUCACUGGCUCAGCAGUCUAGUUCUCCCAGAAGAUCCAUCCCCAUAAAGGCUAUGGUCAGAUGCCUGCCACUGUGGGCCAUUUUCAUGGGUUUUUUCAGUCAUUUCUGGCUAUGCACCAUAAUUAUAACCUACCUACCGACGUACAUCAGUACAGUGCUCCAUGUUAACAUCAGAGAUAGCGGGGUCCUGUCCUCCCUGCCGUUCAUCGCUGGCGCCAGCUGCACCAUUCUAGGAGGACAGAUGGCAGAUUUCCUUCUGUCCAGGAACCAUCUCAGCUUAAUCAGAGUCCGAAAACUCUUCUCAUCCCUGGGGCUCCUUCUUCCAUCCCUCUGUGCUGUGGCCCUGCCUUUUGUGACUUCCAGUUACAUAGCAACCAUUGUUUUGCUGAUACUCAUUCCUGGGACCAGCAAUUUGUGUGACUCAGGGUUCAUCAUCAACACCCUAGAUGUUGCCCCCAGAUAUGCAAGUUUCCUCAUGGGCAUCUCCAGGGGAUUUGGGCUUACUGCAGGAAUCAUCUCUUCCACUACCACCGGAUUCCUCAUCAGUCAGGUUGGGCAUGUUAUUGAACAUCUGCAAGUGGCAGGAUUCUGAAUCAGGAUGGAGGAAUGUGUUUUUCCUGUCUGCUGCUGUCAACAUGUUUGGUCUGAUCUUUUACCUUAUGUUUGGACAAGCAGAGAUUCAGAACUGGGCCCGAGAAAGGACUCUCACCCGCCUCUGAAGAUGGAGGGAGGGAUGGAGACCCAAAUGAAGUACUGGCCCUCAACUUCUUACCAUUGCUUAUCACCACUCUUUCUCAUAACCAUAGACACAGCACUUCUCUCCUCUGGCUAGGUGCUUCCUUUUCCAAAGAGCUUCAAAAACGUAUGCCCAGGCUACUUUUCAGAGUGAGUUAUUCUGGGGUGGAACCCAGGUGCCACUACAUUUUAGAUUCCCCAGGAUUUUUUUCCAAUAGGCAACUAUGGUUAAUUGGUAGAGGAAUUUGAAGUAAAUUCUAGUCACCUUUGAAUUUUCCUCUUUGGAGAGUACUAGAUGAAUAAAAAUCUAUCUGAAAUAAUCUGAUCAAUACCUUCAUGGGGACUGUUAUGGACACAGAGAUGAUCUUGUAGGAAUUGUUUCUAUGAGUUAUAAAACUCAGCAAAGGACAGAAUUUAAACCUAUAACCACAGAACUGACUUUGUUCAUGGGUGUUUAUGUGGUUAAAUGCUGUUAAAAUAAAUAUGCUAAGAAUAAACAGACUAUGUUAAAA